AUGCUUUUCCAUCUCUCGGUCACAGACAUGGUAUAUCGGCUUAUAGUUCUACCCUCCUAUCUUAUAGCCACAAUUUUACCGGUGGAAAGUAAGGAUUUAAUUUGUAAAAUCAGCCAGACUCUACUUUCCUUUGUACACGCAGCAAUUUUCACGAGUUUGGUGGUGAUCGCAUUGGACAGACAUCAUGCUAUAACGAAACCAUUUCAAAGGCUCAGACAUAAACCAAAUUUCUUGAGAUGCAUUACGGCGGUUUGGGGAUAUUCCAUCGUUUGCGCUUUUCCGCACAUAUUCACCGAAAAGAUCACUACAUUCAUUGGGUCAAACAACACUUAUUACAAUCACCGGGGAGUCAAUAUAACCGUUAUCUACCGUGUGUGCGCGCCUCUAUCACGGGGGGUGACAGCUCUAACAAGGGCUGUUUCGGGAGAAAAACAAAUUUAUUCCGGGAAUCUGGAGAUUUUGCCGGGAAUCGGGAAACCUGGGAAAUUUUUCGGGAAAUAUGAGAUAUUUUCGGGACAUUGAGCAAAGAUUUGAUAUUACAUGUUAUCAAACAAGUUAUAUCUACAGUGAUAUGCACCCAGUGUAUGCGCUGUAUUCUAUGUAUUUUGACACUUGAAAACGGCUGAACUCCCCAUGAUAUGAAAAGACCAAUCAGCAACGUUUGCUACUAAAAUAGCAUGAAGUUCGAGUGCGAUUGACCACGUGCAAUCCCCAGAGGAUUGACACAAGAACCGUACCGGUGCAUACUAUCAGUUCAUACCAAUCCCAUCAUUCAUUAGUUCAGGGGUAUUUUUACGCUGCACCUUUACGAGUUUUAAGAGCACAUUCCACUGAUUGCAUACUGGAAAACUUGAAAGAAGUACGUAAGAAGUAUGUAAGAAGAAAACGAAACUCAUUUAACCUUGUUAAACACAAAUGAGGCCAUAAAAAGUAGUAUGUCUGUGAAGACUCUUUAAUCAUCCUGAUCUCGUCGGGGUCCUUCCGAUUUUGCUCGAAAAUCCCGAAUCCCGAUCAAUAUGCGUUAGGGAUAGGAAAAUUUCAGAUUUCGACAGUUGUUCUGAAAUUUUCAAAUGAAUUCUUAUGAUACUCAUACAAUGACACCACACAGAGUAUACUUAGCUGAAAGUGAUAUCCAGAGCAAUUUCAAAAACCGCACAACUUGUAUAAAAUAAAAUUGACUACUUCUACGCGAAGUCACGCUAAUAAAAAUAAGCAUAAAAAGGACAAUUGAUUUAGAGAACAUUUUGGACAGAAUUUGUCCUCUCAGAACACUAGAAAUGGCGUUUAAGAGCACCAAGAUUUCAAAAUUUUAUGGGGGAGCAUGCCCCCAGACCCCCCUACUGGUUGGCCCCUUCACUGUUCGCCUGAUCCAUCGGUGAUUAAAAAACAAAAAAACACGAUUUUAUACACUUAAAAAGCUUGACAGUCUUUCUGUGUUAACAUGAUACCCUCUAAACGAAAAAAUAACUAAGGUUAGAUAAUUAACAAGUUACAUAAUUAACAAGAAGCUGCAAAAAAUCUCUAAUCAAAAUUUUCAUUUCAAUUGUUAAAACAAUUUUGGGAAGUUAAACAUUUAUGGGGAAUGCCACCGAAAAAUUCGGGAGGUUCAACGAAAUUUCCGGGAGGAUAUAAAGUUAUUCAUAGGACUGCCCAAACAGCCUUUGUUAGAGUUGUCACCCCCCGUUCUGUCUACUUUAAGGAUUCAGUCAAUCAAAAGAUAAUAACAACUGCCUAUUUUACUCUGGGAUUCCUGUUACCACUGGCAAUUUUGACGGUGGCAUACUCUAGCAUUGCUGUUUUUCUGAGAAGGAAAAGUCGUAAUGGAAUUACCAGUCAAGCGGCUAUGAAAUCAAAAGGAAAGGCAUUACGCAUGCUCGUUUUAAUGGUUCUAGGAUUUGUUGUUUGUAUAGGAACUCCUCUACUGCACGAUUUGAUGAUAGCGUUCGGCUACGGCACCACUGCGUUAUCCAUUUUCGCAUUCAUACUUCAGUUGUCAAGUUCCCUGGUUAAUGUUUUAAUUUAUGGGUUCUACUCUGCUGAAUUCAGGCAAGGACUAACAUGUUUAGGGAAGUAA